AAUUUACAAAGUUUCCUUCAAUUUUUUUACGCAUCAUGUUUCCAAGUGUGCCUCGCGGUCUCUCUCACUUGUCUUUUCUUUCUGCCAAAGGUAUGGGCUGGCCUUCUAUGUUCCUUGGUGGCCUGUGUGGCAACUGCUGUUUUGGUAGACAUCGCUGAGCGCAUCAAAGAUGGCGCGAACAUCAGAAUGGGGAGAAUAUUUGAGGAAAAUUGGUGGCUGUACUUCUCGGCCAUGUUCAUGGAAGCGGCAACGCGCACGCCCCAAGGUACGCCGGGACGGCUGGUUCUCGGCGCAUGGUGGUUAACCGUGCUUGUUCUGAUGAACGCUUUCACGGGGCACAUGAAGGCCACCAUGAUGCUUUUUCCUGAACCGGAGCGCAUCGACAGCUUUAAAGAUUUAGGUCGGCGCACUGACAUUCGCCCUUUUCUUUGGAAAGGAGGAGCCUAUGAAAACCUCCUCAAGAAAUCAUUGGACGUCGAAGAGUACCGCAAGGUGUGGCACUUGAUUGUUACUCAUGACGGUCUUCGGGAAGCCAAGCACCUGUAUGAUGAUGAAAACCUUCGAGAAGUUCUGGAGGGAAAGGCGGUCAUCGUGAGCGACUACACCACGACCCUAUACCAUGCCUCCCAAACCUGCCGCCGCCGCCUCGCAGCUGGAAGCUACUACUUCGCUAAGGAGCCCACAUUUUCCACAAAGCUAUCAAUGGCAGUAAGCAGGAGUGUGAACCCGGAGCUCUUUGAGCUUAUCAAUGAAAGAUCCAGCCGAUUGGUGGAAAGUGGUGUUAUCAAGGCGUGGAUGGAAACUCAGUGGGGUGACUGGCAGUCCUGCCUUUUGGCAAAACGUGAAGAGACGUACACCGCGCUGUCCCUUUUCGAGACGCAGUCCGUGUUCCUGCUGUUUCUUCUUGUUGCCGGUGUCUCCGUCGUCGUAUUCCUGGCGGAAAUUUUUAUCGGAGGUUGGAAAAGGCCUGGUCCAAAAACUCGUCGCAUGCCCAAUGUGUUGCUUCUGAAACCUCCAUCCACAGCAGAUAAUCGGCCUAAGAAAAUGCCGCGCGCACAAUUGUGGACCACGACUACCAGAGUUUCAACAUGGCAACGGGCGUCUUAACUGUUCUUGGCACAGAAAUCCGAAGGAAGGCAUGCUGAAAGCACCGGUCACAAAUGUGACCAUACGAUGGUCUUCACGAUGUCACAUAAGCAUGCAGCUACAAGUUUCCAGCGUGGCAAUCGUUUCGAAUAAUUAGAAAAAAGGAGAAAAUCAUGGAGACGAUCAUGUGACGAUCUUGAAUACAGAAACAGAAUUCGCUACAAUUUUUUUAAGGGGGGCCUCCUGUAGCAUGUCUUCUAAUUAAUCAAUGUGGGUAGAGACAUAGUAUUAGGGUAGUAGUAGGCUUCUCACAUUGCUGUACUAGUGGGCAAGCAAAAAAGAUAUCUAACACUCGCUGACAUUACCAAUCACUUAGCCAGCGCUAGUCACAGCUAGAAAAAUAUUAACAAAAAACGGCCGUCAUUUGUACGUGCUAGUGAUAUGCGACCGAUGUGGCAGGGUUCACGAAAACUAUGCGCUGAAUUCAAUACUAAUGCAAGUUUUAUAGCGUAAUUCGUCUCAAUUACAGCCGUAUGAUGUUUUCUGCAUCCUACUUUGCAAAAUAAUAGAUCUUCUUACAGAAUUUCAAUG